GGCCCUGAGUGCCGAGUACACAGCAGUCCGGGCCGGUCGGCCGCUCGGUGACGCCGCUGCUCCCCGCCCCGCCCGACCCACCCUCGGACCGGGAGGCGCGUCUCCCUGCCGCCGCACGGGGUGGGGGAGGAAGUGGGCCGGCAGCUCGGGGCCAUCUGGGAGGGAGGCGGGGGCGGCCAGUUGCAGAGUUCCCGCCCCGGACGACGACGAGGCGGCAGCCGCGGUUGAUUAUGGAAGAUUCCCACAAGAGUAACGCUUCAGAGGCAGCACCUCCAGCUGGUUCAGCAGUUCAGGGAGCGCACAUUUCUCAACAGGUAUCAUCUUUAUCUGAAAGUGAGGAGUCUCAGGACUCGUCGGACAGCAUAGGCUCCUCCCAGAAAGCCCACGGGAUCCUGGCACGGCGGCCGUCUUACAGAAAAAUUUUAAAAGACCUAUCUUCUGAAGAUACACGGGGCAGAAAAGGAGACGGAGAAAACCCCGGCGUGUCCGCCGUCACGUCUAUGUCGGUGCCCACAUCCAUCUAUCAGACGAGCAGCGGACAGUACAUUGCUAUUGCCCCAAAUGGAGCCUUACAGCUGGCCAGUCCAGGCACAGAUGGCAUACAGGGCCUGCAGACAUUGACCAUGACAAAUUCGGGCAGUGCUCAGCAAGGGACGAUUCUCCAGUAUGCGCAGACCUCUGAUGGACAGCAGAUUCUUGUGCCCAGCAACCAGGUGGUGGUGCAGACUGCAUCGGGAGACAUGCAGACAUACCAGAUCCGGACCACACCCUCAGCUACUUCACUGCCACAGACUGUGGUGAUGACGUCACCGCUGACACUGACAUCUCAGGCAGCUAAGACAGAUGACCCCCAGUUGAAAAGAGAAAUACGGCUGAUGAAAAACAGGGAAGCUGCUAGAGAAUGUCGCAGAAAGAAGAAAGAAUACGUGAAAUGCCUGGAAAAUCGAGUUGCAGUCCUGGAAAAUCAAAAUAAAACUCUAAUAGAAGAGUUAAAAACUUUAAAGGAUCUUUAUUCCCAUAAAAGUGUUUGAUUCUUGAGAAAGAAAAUAUUUUUGUGGACUAAAAGUUAGUUGGAUUUCUUUUUAGUGGAGUUGUAUAAAUUAAAAGGUCAAAAGUGAAGCUUUUUAUUUAGGUUUUUUGCAUUGCAAGAGAUCGACUGAAAGAAGAUUAAAUGGAAAACGACUUCAAGGAAGCCAGGGGCGCCACUGGAAGCCGAGGGGCAGUCACACUCAAGAGCACAGGACAAGAUGGAGGGCAGCAAACUGAAUUUCUAAAACAGUUGACCCUGUAGGCUUGCAUUUUUUCCUGUUUCCUCAAAUUUACCUUUUUUGGUUGGUGUGAGUGUGUGUUGUGUGUUUCAUUUCUGCUAAUAAAUUCUAAAUUACAGUUGUAAAAAAGAACCUUGGUAUGUUCCUAAAGGAUAAAUUAUGUGUUGUGAUUAUGUGUGCUUGUCCACCGUCAGUGUGAUGUUGACCUGAGAGGUUGGCGAAGCGGGCUAAGCAUUGGCAGAUCCCGCACAGGAGCGAAGUGCCUGAGGGAGGAUGGUGAUUUUAUAACUUUUUUUUUUUAUGAAAAUGGAAAGAAAAACUGUUUAGUACUUUGAUAUUUUUCAAUUGUUUCUUGCGCAUUCUGGCAAUGGUGAUUUUCUACAAAUAUAUAAUAAUUUUUUUUCAAUUAUUCUGUAUGCAGUUGAAUAUCCAUUACUUACUCUAUUGUGCUUUAAUAGAAUGGAAUGUUUACAGGCCUUGAAAAUAUUAUUUUAAAAAACCCUGAAGAUGCAUACCAAAGUUUUUCCAAGAGAAUUUUAUAGUCAAUUUACUGUAAGGUUUCUUAGAUCCUAAAAUAGUAUGGUAAUUUUAUGUUAGAGACUAUUUUGUAUGUUAGUGAAUGGUACCUUUAUAAAAAAAGUGACUGCCAAUAUAUUUUUAUAGCUGAUCUUUAUAAAUUCUAAUAUUGAGUUUUUAAUGAUUAUUUUAAAUGUUUAUAUAGUUUGUUUAGUAAAAAAUUUACAUCUCAAAGUAUCAUUUUUAUAUUACGAGAAGUUUUCAGAUUGGCUAAUAUUUUAAUUGUAAGUUUUAUAUACAAUUUAUCUAAAGUUAAAAAUGCCAUAUACCAGUGUUUAACCUCUGUGUUCCAAUUUGUAUACUCUUUGAAAUUGUACUGCAAGAUUAUUGUGUGCUUAAUACAAUAUGUAUCAUAUUGUCAAAGAAAUUAAAAAAUUGGAUGAAAUCAA